CUUUGUUUACAUAGCAACCACACAGCAACAGUGUCCGGUGUGUAUCUGUUGUUGGGGAUAACAAGUUGGAUAGAAGAAGGGUAUCACUUUAGGUUGUUAGGAGGAAAGAAUUCGCCAUGGACGGGCUACCGUUCCUCCCAGGAAACUCCUUUGUAGAUCCAACAAAAGCUAAAUACCAUAGAAGUCAUUCCCUCAACUACAAGAAUGGCUAUGCCACACAGAUUCUGCCGACCACUGGAAUCGGCGGUGUACCAAUUGUUUACAACCAGCUUUCCGAACAGGAGCUUGAUGAGCUGGCAAAUUUCAACCCAACAUUGACAUAUGGUCAGGCAAAACAAGCUCCUCCAGAAGACUUUGUGCCAGGUCAUGUAGCAUGGGAUAAAAAGGUGUUGAGAUUCAAUGCCUACUUUAAACAAACAGUCCAUGAAUCUCCCGACGAAUUCUACCGAGUACGACCUGUAGAUCUAUAUUACUACCUUGAGGACGACAGCAUUGCUGUUGUUGAACCUCAUGUGGAGAACUCUGGAAUGCCACAAGGAAAGCUAAUUAAGAGACAGCGACUUCCCAAGGAUGACCAGGGAAAUAAUUGGCACUGGAGAGAUCUCAACAAUGGAAUGAAUGUUACAUUUUACGGAAAAAUCUUCAGAAUUGUCAACUGUGAUGCAUUCACAAGGAAUUUCCUGGAGAGCGAAGGUAUGGUUGUCAAUGACAAUGAAAGUUCCCCAACUGACCCCUACAUCGAGAGAAGGAAGGAGGCUGCUGCCCUUCGAACCUACAACACUCCGUCCUCCUUUGACAAGCUCAAGCAGUUUCUGGAACUUGAUCGUAAAGUUCUACGUUUCUACUGUAUCUGGGACGAUCAGGAUAGCAUGUUUGGGGAGAGUAGACCAUUUGUUAUCCAUUAUUACUUGGUGGACGAUACGCUGGAAGUCCGUGAAGUUCACACGCCCAAUGAUGGACGCGAUCCGUUCCCAGUUUUGAUUGGAAGACACAAAGUUCCUAAAGACAGAUACAACAUUGAAUCCUCAUUCCCUGGAGUUGUGAUGGAGCUGUCAGAACAUGAAAUCAAAGAGUAUUUCACACCCAAAGACUUCAAAUUAGGCGAACCAAUGACAAUAUAUGGACGCCGAUUCCUUGUAUAUGAAUUUGAUAACUUCACAAAAGCAUUCUUCUAUCAGAACUUUGGAAUGACAGACUUCAAGCCUGUUGAUGUAAAGAACAAAGCUAGGGCUCUUCCAAAGAUGGAAAUCCCACCUUACAACCAGUUUGGAUCACUGGAGGAUUCUCUACAGAGCUGUCUCUCUCUGAUUCCACAACCACCCAAAAAGGACUUUAUCAAGAUGUUAGAAAACGACCAUAAAGUGCUACGCUUUGAAGCAAUCAUGGAUUCAGUGAAGCCAGAAGACAAAGGAAGACGAUUCAUCAUUUCCUAUCGUCUGGCCGAUGAUAUGAUGACAAUUUAUGAGCCUCCAGUAAGGAACUCCGGAAUCAUUGGCGGGAAAUUCCUAGAACGGACACGUGUAGCGAAGCCCAACUGCCCACCUGACCAGCCGUCCUUCUUUGGCCCACAGGACUUCUACAUUGGUGCUGUGAUUGACAUCUUCAAGCAUCGAUUCAUCAUCACAAACGCCGAUGCCUAUGUUCUUGAAUACAUGCAGAACCACAAGCAUCAAUUCCCAGAUUCAACUGUGUCCUCAUUACAACAUAAACUGUCCGAGCCACAGACCAUGUCUGAGGCGGUCAAGGGAGGAUCCAUGAAGAUUAAACGGAAUGAGGGUGACCUAGAGAUUUUGGUACAACAGAUUCGUGCCCAGCUCAAGAAGAUCGCCAUCACAGACAAGACUCGUGUCGAUGAGAUGUUCCUCCGGUACGAUAAGGACAGGACGGGAUACAUCGAUGCCAACAACAUGAAAAACCUGUGCCGUAGUUUGCAACUCCCAGUUGAUGAUGAUGUCAUAAAUGCUCUGAUCUGCCAGUGUACACAGGACCCAAAUGGAAGAAUAUCACUAGAAGAUUUCAGACGUUUUGUGGAGAGUUCGUGAAAAAAGGGAGAUAAUUUAAUCUAAACAAACAAUUAAGAAACUGUGAUACUUUGAUGAGGAGAAUGCAUGGAAACAGUGAAAGAAGACAGUUGGGAUCACAAAUAAUUUUAAUAUAACAAAAAAGUGGUUGUGUUGAAGUAUUGGAUCCUGAAAUACAAAAAGUAAACAUUAAUAUUUCAAUGAAAAACCAUUUUUCUUGUUAAUGGAGUAAUUCUAAGUAUUGUUUGUACAUAAUGUAUAUAUAUAAAUUAUGUUACCUACAUAUGUGAAAGACAUUUUCCUAGUUUUUGCAAUUUUCACACACAUAACUGAUGAAAACCAAGAUGGCAGUUUUAUAUAUGUGAAUUUAUGUAUUGUAUUAACGACUGAAACAUGAUAGAAGUGAUGCUUUAUCAUUUCUGAAACAACUUGUUAUUUUCUAAGUUUGAUCACAACUCAAAGAAAUAAUAAUCUCUAAAUCAUGAAAAGAAAAGAGCAUGUGUUUGUCAGUUGUGAUCACUUUAAGGAAGAGAAAAAAUUGCAGUUUUCAGCAAAUCACUAUUAAAGAAAAUAAAACAAUUGAAGUAUUGUGAAUGUUGAAGAAACAACUCUGAAUAAAUUUAUAUCUAAAACAACAAG